GAUGCUUGCAGAGGAAGUUACAAUAGGCAUGUUACUGCGUUGCAGCAUUUACUUUACAAAGGCUCUGCUAUGACCAGUGCCAGUUGUGCAAACAUCAGCUAGUUAAUCGAUUGAUGGCGUAACAGGCUGUUUGCGUUGCACACGAUGCGUGACAGCCACUGUAAUGACAGCCACUGUGAUGGCAAUGCGGGAUCCUUCACUGCGUUUCAUUCAAAUAUAUGUUUUUAAUGACAGGAAGAGCUGGGGUAUUCCACACCAGUGGAGUCCAUAUCGGUAUUUUUAUUCAUCUAUUUUUCUCAAUCUAUUUGACUUAAGUUGCAUCCUUAUAAAAUGACGAGCCCGGUAGUUUUUCUUUCACCAUACACGCAGAAUCGUUCCAAUUUAUAUAGCGCGAGCGAGCUGUUACGCAUGACCAGCAGUGCCCAUGUGACUAUGUUUCUUGUUUGUUCGUGAGUUUUAUUCCUUGUGCCAGGAAGCCAAAAGCUUCUGCCACACAGAAUCAGUCCAUUUCCCCCAUGUUUUGACUGAAGGCUCAGACGGACGCAGUCCCAUAGUCGUUAAGUUGGCACCGCAGUCACCAUGUUGCAGAAAACAAGCUAGCAGCCUAUUAACGCCCCCCAAAAAUGUAUACAAAAAUAUUGUGGAACUUAUUUAAAAAAUGUCCCUCCUUCCAGAAAGUGUUUUCGAAACCUUUUCCUACACUACAUUGCUGUUACCUGCUGGCUUUUUGAAUCUGGCCGUUAUAUGGCACUUAAUUCGUGAUCCAUGUUGUUUUGGCUGAUCAGUGGCGAGGUUUCUCUGGGGCUUCAACUUCAUACGGGCAGAGAAAAACAUACUUGGUCAAUGUAAUCUUAAGGUCGAGCCAUGUUGUUAUUGCACUGUGCCGCGCGCCCAGGCAGACUGCAGGAUGCACACGGAAACGGCACAAGCAACGGAAAAUAUGUUUAUCCAAACUAAUGCGUAAGGCAUGGGGAUACGAUUGGCUACCAGGAAUUAGGAACCGAAUGUAACUUGCGUCGGUGUGGAAAUUGUUCCCGGUUGUCGGGAAUCUCACUAAUAUAUUCUAGCGAGGCGUUCUUUACAAAAUGGCAGCCAUGGUGUGAGGACUGACUGUACUCGCUUCGCGAGGGAAGGACUGAUAUUUAUUUUCAUAGCCUAUUAUUCGUCGUCACGUUAGCAUCAACGCGAGCGGUGAUCGGUCUCCGAGCGAAGCAAGUCUCUCGGUAUUGGUCACUGGCAAGAUGCCAAGUAGUGCAACCUAAGUUGCCAUAGAAACGGUCUCUUCCUUCCAUGACGAUGCAUCGAACGACCAGAAUUAAGAUAACUGAGCUGAACCCCCACCUCAUGUGUGUGCUGUGCGGUGGAUACUUUAUCGAUGCCACCACAAUUAUAGAAUGUCUUCAUUCAUUCUGCAAGAUGUGCAUUGUACGCUAUCUGGAGACCAGCAAGUAUUGUCCCAUCUGUGAUGUGCCAGUACACAAAACCAAACCUCUGCUCAAUAUAAGGUCUGACAAAACUCUACAAGACAUUGUCUACAAGCUGGUCCCUGGUCUCUUCAAAAAUGAGAUGAAGAGAAGGAGAGACUUUUACGCAGCACACCCUUCUGUAGAUGCGACGACAAGGUCUAAUGAGGAUCGAGGGGAGGUGGCUGACGAGGACAAGAGAAUCAUCACAGACGAUGAAAUCAUCAGCCUCUCCAUUGAGUUCUUCGACCACAAUAAGGCUAAAAAGACAGGCGUGGCUGAGGACAAACAGUCUAAAGAACAGGUCAAUAAUAAGCGGUAUCUGCAGUGUCCUGCAGCCAUGACCAUCAUGCACCUGAGAAAGUUCCUCCGCAGUAAGAUGGACAUUCCUUGUACCUAUCAGGUUGAAGUGAUGUAUGAAGAUGAGCCCCUGAAAGAUUACUACACAUUAAUGGACGUAGCCUACAUCUACACUUGGAGAAGGAAUGGCCCUUUGCCGUUGAAGUACCGCGUCAGACCGAGCUGUAAGAAGAUGAAGAUGAGUCAUCUGCAGCAAGAGGGUCAGAACAGCACUGGUCGGUCCGCUGAGAGCGACUCAGCCAGCGACAAAGCCUGCAGCCCUGCCGGCGUCCCCUCCACCUCCUCCUUGCCCAGCCCUGGUACCCCGUUGCAGUCCCCACACUUCCCCCACAUCUCCAAACCCGUCAACGGCGCCUCCACCUCGGCCCCUGCCCCUACCAGACCCUUCCCCUUCGGAAACAAACCGCGGAAGGCCUCGUUGAAUGGUUCUUCUUUGUCCUCGGGACUGGCCUAAAAACCGGGCCAACAGCCAAUGCCAGACCGCUCUGCUAAUAUCUUCAUGCCAAUGUCGUUCCAUUGUUGUAGACGCUCUCUUUUUGUUAUCGUUGUUAUAAAUAUAUGAUAUAUGUUUAAUGUAGUGGAAGUGAAGCAUUUCUAUAGGAACAUAGCAGGGUGGGACAUUAAUGGAAAAAUCUACUCUAACAAUAUUUUAGUAUUUUUUUCCAUUAGUACACUUGAUUCAAUUAAAAAAUAUUUUGCAUGUUUGCAGUCAAGUUUUCAAGUUAGGAUGUUCAAGAAGCGAAUUGUCACUUGCCACAUCAACAUCAUGAUGAUGUGACAUUUUGCUUCUUGAAAAUCCUAUCUAGAACUUUACUACUGACAUGCUAAAUAAUCUGAGACUGUAUUAACAGUGGAAUAGUGAUGAUAAAAAUACAAAUGUUUUGUUUUUUGUGGAUUUUCCCUUUAGGUUAGUGAAAGGGAUGUUGGCCACGUGAAAAUGUUAGAUUGGUGGUGAAUGGCAAAUUAAUGUCCCCCAAAAGCUGCAUUUUAUUCUACAGAUGUGACUGAAGAUGGCCUUUAUAUUAUUUUCUUUAAAGUUUUUAUUUUAUUUUUUUAAAAUCAGAAUGUGUGUUGAUCCUAUUUUCAGUGUGUAUUUCGGCAUGGUGAUGAAACCUUGUAGGCUUUACUAAUAUUUGAAAUGGUUGCCUCUACAUUGUUCUUUCGAUUGGCUUUUGGAAAGCAUUUCACAAAAAAAUAUUAAUCUAUAUAAUGUGUAAACAACUAUUGUAGCGUUAGGCCCACGAUUUUAGGGGAAAACAUACGAAAUAUCUACGUAAAUGUAGCCUGCAAUGCUUUUAUUAGGCUAUACUCAAAAUUGGAAUCGAAUUGCUUAUAGCCUCAAACACCCUGAAGCCUUGCAGUCAUCAAGCAGUUCAGAAAGUCAACACACACACACACACACACACACACACACACACACAUGUAUAUAGCGAAAUAUAUGCAUAUUUAAUCAGCGAUUGUCAAAUACUUUGACCUGAACAGCCCCCCCCCUUCAUUUCAUGCUCGAUGACAAAUGUUUUGAUGUCUCCCGUGUUCUUUGUAUCUAUCGCUCGAUUAUAUGACCAACUAUUGUAUUGUUACUGUUGCACAGCAUUAAAACAUCUGAAUAAAUCAUUUUACACUUAAA